AGAAAAGAAACAUAGGAUGCCAGAUCCACUAAUACAAGCAACGAGACUGGGCAUCAUUGAGGUAGUUCAGGAAAUCCUCAGUGUCUACCCUGAAGCUGCGUAUAGUUUCGAUGGAAAAGGAAGGAAUAUACUGCAAAUUGCAGUGGAGGAGAAAAAAUGGUUCUUGUACGACUACUUGAUGACUAGUGGUACUAACAUGGACGGGAUGCUAAGUGCUAUUGAUUGUGAAGGAAAUAGCAUUAUACAUCUCGCAGCACGCCUGGAAUCCCCUCCCAGCACUCCCCCUGGAGUUUUUCAGCAAAUGAUGUGGGAAGUCCUCUGGUUUAAGCGGGUGCAAUAUGACUCUUUUCCAUAUCUCUGGCAACUACAAAAUUCUGAUGGGAAGACAGCAAAACAAGUAUUCGAGACGAACCAUGCAAGUCUACGCGAAAAGGCUGAGGAAACUGUGAGAGCAUUGGCCAACACUGUGUUGAUUGUGUCUGUCCUCAUUGGUACCAUAAACUUUGCUGCAAUUUUUACUGUACCUGGAGGUUUCGAUCAAACGACUGGAGAGGCCAUUUUUCUCAAGAACCGGCGCUGGGAAUUCGGCUUGUUGAUGUUCUACUUAGCUGGAGGGCUGUUCUCCUCUCUGUUCACCAUGGGGACUCUGCUUGUGAUUAUCUUUUUGCGAUUUGAAAUUGAGGAUUUUUAUCUUUCCCUGCCCUGCUACUAUGUGGUGGACAUGAUUUCCAUCUUCUACUCCGCGGUCUUCACAAUCGUAGCAGCUUUUCAAGCAUUAAUAGUGCAGAAAGUCGUGAUUACCGACUACAGGCCCCUCGUGGUGGUCUUCUUUAUCUAUUGUCUGGUAGCCCUUGUGCUCAUGGAAACAUCAUAUCUGAUAUUCGACUAUGUGUAUUACCUAAUUCGUUAUUGCCUUUGUUAUAGAGGGCGAGAAUCUUAAGAACUGCCCUUGCUUAUUCAUGUCAAUUUCGUGCAGACUGAAAAAGUUUGAGCAAGUUUGUGAA